GUGAUGUGGUGACAGUAUACAUAGAGAAUGUGUCCCACAGGUGAUGUGGUGACAGUAUAGAUAGAGAAUGUGUCCCACAGGUGAUGUGGUGACAGUAUACAUAGAGAAUGUGUCCCACAGGUGAUGUGCUCCCUCUACCUCAGCCGACAGGGCCUGGCAGAAAGGGAGGUAACUGAGAUUUACGGGAUUACCUGGCCUGUCUGGUCUCCGCUGUACUUUGCUGUAGAAAACUAUAUCAUCGACCAGGCUGGACAUUUGUAUAUCGGACUUAAUGAUCUAAGGACGGCGAUAUAUAACAGAUAUCUACAAAAACCAGAAACAAACUCAUACUACUUGAAGAGAGUUAUAAGUUAUUUUGAAGAAAAACGAAAGAGCUUAGGACACUUUUCUGGAAAGAGGAAAGUGAAUUACACUGCAUCACGUGUAGCCUAUGAACUACCCUACCUGCUGAAGAGUUUGGGAGACCUUGAAGGCCUCGCCGUGGCCCUGCUAGACUUACAGUUAGUCCUGACUUUACUAGACGCAGAUGGUGGCCUGUACCUAGUUGAGAUUUGGAAGGCAACCGGUCUAGAGUGGUCAGAUAUAGCCAAACGCUACAUUGAAGUCCUCAAGCAGACCAUUGUCAACAGUUAUUUAGAAAUGGAGGACCUAGAUACCCUAGGCACGGAAUCUGCUGGAGUUAAGAAUCCAGGAGGCAUGGAAUCUGCCAGAGUUAAGAUCCUGGAUACUGUGCUGACUUUGCAAAACUUCUUUCAACAAGUUGGAGAUUUCCAUGCAGCAUCAAUUAUAAUGGAGUACCAUAUCAAAAUCUGUGAGGAAAACGUUGCUACAGGGAAACUUCAGGACAAAAAAGUUUUGAUGACGGAGAAAUAUUCCUUAGCCUGUCUAUAUGUGGAUCACAGUCAGUUUGCUAUUGCUGAGAAACUUCACAGAGAAGUCUUGGAGUUUCGCCAACGGAUUGUGGAUGAAGCUGGGGACAAUGUUGCUGUCGAUGACAAAUGGGCACUAGGAACAUCAUACCACGGCCUACAUGUGCUGUACCAACAGUUAAUGGAUAAUGAAAAGGCUUUGGAAUACCUGGAGAAGUCUAUUGAACUAGAAGAAAAUUGUUCCAACUCGAGUGAUCUAUCUGCUUCAUACACGAACAUGGCCACUAUCAAAAUGAAUUUAGGACUUCUAGAUGAAGCACUGGAAUUCGCUGUGAAAGCAUUGAAGAUGGAGGAGGAUAUCAAUUUUGGUCACCUACCGCCGAAGAUAGGCAACCUCUUCACCAACAUAGGACUUAUCUACAGAAGGAAAGGGGACCUGGACAAAGCCGAGCAAUUUUAUUUCAGGUCCUUACAGAUCAAGAGACAGGCAUAUGGUGACGUCCACAUUGACAUUCCAAUUUCAUUGAUGAACCUAGGUACCCUUGAAGGCAUUCGUGGAGACCUUGAUAAGUCACUGACCUAUUUCCUUGAGGGCCUCAGCAUCUACAAGGCACUGAAUGUAUUGCCAGGAAAUGUCCAAUAUCUCAUGCUCCAGGAAAAUGCUCUUCUCACAAGAUGGAAAAUGGGACAAUUUGCAGAAACUCUGGAAGAUUUUUGGCCUUUCUUGGAUGUUGUGGAGAAGGAAGAACGGGUUGAUUUCUGUCUGGGAUGGUUCCUGACUGAUAUUGCUAAACACCUCAUCUCGGAGAAACGCAAUGAGGAGGCUUUGCGAAUCACACUGGACAUUAUCAACAGCAAGCUGGUCAGCGCAGUCAAUAUUGUCCAUCUAGAUCACCUUGACACGGAAAUGCACCCUCCGGACCAACGCCCAGUGCGUCCAGUCAGUAUGUCACUAGACCAUGCCUUUGAAAAAUGGCCAGAUAGCCCAGAUCUUCUUCAACAGAAAGCUGUGAACUACUUGAUUCCUAAAGGAGAUGCACAAGAGUUUGUGAGACUGCUGAACAAUUUACACGACUGUACAAGCCAUGGUUCGGCUGUGUACGACUUUGGGCUACAGAUGCUGAACAGUGAUAAUGUUGAUACAGUGAUGCUAUUAGCAGUGUCCGAAGCGGCUCUGGAGAAAUAUCCAGAUAGUGUUGCUUACCUUAGAAACAUGGUGUCCUGUCGCAGAAAGGAAGGGCAGCAAGACAUUGCCCUCUCAGGUGCAAAAAGAUUGUUCGAACUCGUACCAGAUGACACUGAAAUUGCCCUUUUAGCCAUUUCACAAGCGGUCCUCGCAUGCGAGUUUGAUCUCGGUAGAGAAUAUGCAAACAUAACUAAGGAGCGUUUCUCUGAUGAUCAGGAGUUAUUAAAAAAGGUGGAUGGCAUGAUUGAUUUAAUAGCAGAAGCAGAGAAGGAUUCAAAUGGCCAAAGUAAAGAGGACUGACCAGUCUACAGGCAUAGAAACUUACCUGAAAGAGAUCGAAUUAAACAAGGUUGGCAGAAUGUUUUCUUCUGUCUCUGGUAAUACAAUGUAGCAUGAAAAGAUUGUUAAAAAAGAGAGAGUUUAAAAUUUCCUUGUGACAUCAUAUUCAUUAUCAGACCUGUUGGAUAAAAUUCAAUUGUAGAGAGACAAGAAACUACUAUGAUAUCUUGUGUGUAUAACCGUGUAAAUGUGUGUGUAUAAGGGUGUAAAUGCGUGUGUAUAAGGGUGUAAAUGUGUGUGUAUAAGGGUGUAAAUGUGUGUG